AGUUACCCGAGAGGCUUCUGCAAGGAGGGGUGGGUGGGUGACGAGGAACUGGCGGAUUAGGGUGGGGGUGGCUGAGCGGUGGGGGCUGAAAUCUGGUUUGCAGUGUCAGUCAGUGUUCAAUAACAGUCUGGCAUUUGAAGACGGUUUUGUUUGAACCUUUGAGCUGGAGGUGAGUUUGCAGUGCUGCAUUGUGGCGACAAGCUGGGCUUAGGGGGGCUGUGGCUGCGUCCCAGCCUAUUGACAGGAAGAACCAGACACAUAGACUGUAAACAUGCGGGGCAUUUGUGUACUCUAAUAGGUGGACUGGGUGUGGAUGUAGCAUGAGCUGUUUAUAUACCCGCCCAUAACAUUUUAAAGGCAGUUUGAUUUAAAGGUUGUUCCUUUCACAAUGGAUUUUUAUGACUUGAUAAGCCUGUCACAAUAUGACAUGACCAGACACUGGCUGAGACUAGACAGGUGUCUGGUGCAGUGAUCCAGCCCCAGUGAGGAAGAGCGGGGGCAUGGCGUGCUGUCCCAGCCUGGGUUUGCUUGGCCUGGUGCUCCAGCUGCAUGUGAUGGCAGUCCUGUCCCAGGCCCCGGGCUGCCCGCUGCGCUGCGACUGCGUGCCGCAGCAGAAGUCAGUGCUGUGCUCCUACAAGCGCCUGAGCACCAUCCCGGACGCCAUCCCCACCGACACCCGUCUGCUGGACCUCAAGGGCAACAAGCUGCGCUGGGUGGAGCAUGGCGACCUGUCGGCCUACACGCGCUUGGAGGAGCUGGACCUCAGCGAGAACAGCAUCAGUGUGCUGGAGCCCAACGCCUUCUCCGACAUGCAGAGCCUGCGUGUGCUGCGGCUGCGCUCCAACCAGCUCAAGCUGGUGCCCAUGGGCGCGUUCUCACGCCUGGCCAACCUCACCACACUGGACCUGAGCGACAACAAGAUAGUAAUCCUGCUGGACUUCACUUUUCAGGACCUGCGCAGCCUCCGCAACCUGGAGGUGGGCGACAACGAUUUGGUGUACGUCUCCAACAAAGCCUUCCUGGGGUUAGUGGGGCUUCUGGAGCUCACCAUCGAGAGGUGCAACCUGACCUCCAUCUCGGGGCAGUCACUGUCUUACCUGCGGAGCCUGGUCACACUGCGGCUGCGCUACCUCAGCAUAGCAGCUCUGGAGGAGCAGAACUUUAGGAAGCUGGGUGGAUUGCGCGGGCUGGAGAUUGACCACUGGCCUCUGCUGGAGUACAUCUCCCCACACAGCUUCCAGGGCCUCAAUCUGUCCUGGCUGUCCAUCACCAACACCAACAUCACCACCGUGCCCACCGGGGCGCUCCGUAACCUGGCUCACCUCAGCAGCCUCAACCUAUCCUACAACCCUAUCUCGGUGCUGGAGUCGUGGGCCUUGCGGGACUUGGUCCGCCUCAAGGAGCUGCACAUGGUGGGAACUCGGCUUGUGCAGGUGCAGCCCUACGGUCUGGGCGGCCUGCGGCAGAUCCGACUGCUCAACCUGUCUGACAACGGGCUGGUGACGCUGGAGGAGGGCUCCUUCCAAUCGGUCAACACACUGGAGACGCUGCGCGUGGACGGCAACCCGCUGUCCUGCGACUGCCGCCUGCUGUGGAUCCUGCAGCGCCGCAAGACGCUCAACUUCGAUGGCCGUUCGCCAGUGUGUGCUGGGCCCGUUGAGGUGCAGGGCAAGGCGCUGAACGGCUUCUCCGACUCCGCACUCUUUGACCACUUCACCUGCCAGCGCCCAAAGAUCCGCAACCGCAAGCUGCAGCAGGUGAGCGCCCAUGAGGGACAGGUGGUGUCAUUUGCCUGCCACGCAGAGGGAGAGCCCACGCCUAUCAUCUUCUGGAUCUCGCCACAGCGUCGGCGCAUCACCACCAAGAGUGCCGGCCGUGUCACCGUGCUGCCCGAGGGCACGCUGGAGAUCCGCUAUGCCCAGAUGACCGACAGUGGCACCUACAUCUGCAUCGCCAGCAACGCCGGUGGCAACGACACCUACUUCGCCACGCUGACGGUCAGCGGGCUGCCCCUGGACGCCACCCUGGUGGCGAACCGCACCUACUACGUGGGUGACCUGAAUGACACCAACCUGAAUGACACGCGCGUCUUCCUCAAGUUCACGCUAGACCUCAAGACCAUCCUCAUCUCCACGGCCAUGGGCUGCAUCACCUUCCUGGGCGUGGUGCUCUUCUGCUUCCUGCUGCUUUUCAUCUGGAGCCGUGGCCGGGGGCAGCACAAGAACAACUUCUCGGUGGAGUACUCCUUCCGGAAGGUGGACGGCCCCUCAGCCAGUGGAGGCCAGGGAGCAGCCCGGAAGUUCAACAUGAAAAUGAUCUGAGCCACAGGACACUGCAGUUACCCACAUAGGUAGACAGGGUAUAUGUGAAAAGCCUAACAUAGCUCAAGAUGCUAAUAUGACUAUUUUCCUGCCCUGUAUAUUUUUGUGAAUAGACUGAUUUUUUUUUUUUAAAGGAUCUCCGAUUUCUAGUGGUUCUUCUAUCAACUCUCUUUUCAUCUGUUGCAUCAUUGCCAGAGCCUCCUCCCCCACAGAAGGCUUUGAUCAUCACCAGCUAGAGUCAGGUUUAUGAUGUCAGUAAGUCACAGGUUGUUUACAGUGUCUGUUUCUUGGCCCCAGAACUAUAUUUGUCAACUAAUGUUUAUAGGGUAGGAUAUUCCUAAGGAUAUGCCACUGUUAUAAAAAAAUUAGAUACCCAUGUCUUUGUUAGAAGAAAAAAUCUUAGAAGAGGACAAAGGGAUAUUGUCUAUGAUUUGCUUUAAAAAGAAACAGAAUCGAGGCCUUACCUAAAGGUGAAGACUGUAUCAACUCAGAGACCUGGGCUUUUUGUCCUUGAAGGACCUUUAUCAUUCCAGCGGAGGUAGUAGAAAGCAAUCUCCAUAAUGCUUACGAUGCAUUAUCACAGGGUGCUCUCUGGAUGCCAAGGAAUUGCCAAUACUUCUCAAAAGUUCCUCCGGCAAUAACUAAUUUUGUAACAGAGCCCUCCUAAAUGAAAACAUACUAAUGUUUUACCCCUUGAUCAUGAAGUUAAUAGAGUGUUGUCCCAUCUCAAGACAUAUCUUAACUUAGAAUCUUCGCCUGGAAUUUCAAAGAUUUAAACUGUUCAUCAGCGUGUCAUUUAUGACCAUCAUUAUGCUUUACAUCUUAGAUGUUAUGGUAACAUAACAAAGAAAUACAGCAUUGGCCUUGAAAUAUUCGUGACCAAGAAUUCCAUUCCAGAUGGAGAUUUCAAGAUUAUAUCUCUUGAGUUGGGAUGUGAAUUUAUAAGCCACACAUUUAGGACUGUCAAUCUGGUUAGUGUCAUUUUGCUAUGUACGCUACCCAACACUGCUCAACACUGCCAAAAUAGAUGCCUCAUUGUGACAAAAGCAUCCCUCACAUGCAAAGCAUUGUAGUAAAGACCCCCGGUCUUAAAUCAAGCCAAGGAGCAUGAGAUGCUCCAGACAUCUCUCUCUUUUUCUCACACACACACACACACACACACACACACACACACAACCACACACACACACAC